ACGCCUGAUUGACAAUCUUGAAAUGCAAUGAAGGUGCUUUAUCUUUUAUGUGCCACAUAAUCUUGACCGCUUUUUCUUGAGAACACGUAGGUAUCCUUUCAACGAAGUCUUGCGAUCAGUUUCAAUGAAAGAAAAGUCUAUUAAAUUUUAAUUCACAAUUAAGGGCGUGCUGGGGUUGGGUUUCUGGUAUGCAGUUACGCUUUCUGACUAAAGUUUCAAUUCGUAAAUAUUUUAUCGUGGGUCAUAUGUGGAUUUUAUUGUCUAAUUUUCAAAUUUUCUACCGGGAAAGUAACUACAUUGACUAAGCGUAACCUACUAUUUAGUUGAAUAGUUUGCGACACAUAAUCACAUGACUUGAUACAAUGGUAGACUUGCAAGUGCAUACACUUACAGUGUGAGGUUAGGUUAGGGUUCAGACACAUCCGUCCUCAUCAGUGUAGUAAGGAGAUUACCAAUAAAUAGGCCAACGUGCGUCAAACAUUUAUUAAUCAGAAAUGGAUAAUGCCAAUCCUAAUGAAGUGUGAGCUUUUUGUUCUGAACAGUUUCUUAAGCGCUCACUUGUGCAACAUGUUCCUGCCAAAUAAUGAGUUAUAAUUAGUGUAAUCAGAAGUAUGCCGGUGUUAGGUUGAGGGAAGAGUGUGCACGUUGGUCUCUAGAAUUCAGUUGCAAGAACAUAUAUUUUCCCCUUGAGACAACAUCAAUAGUUCGACAGUUGGUGUUAAUUGGUGGGAACUACAAUAUCCUGUGAUGGUCAGAGUUGACUUAUGUCAGAUGGGUCAAAAAUGUUUCACUCAAACGUUCAUUGUGUUGAAUAUUGCCUGAUGAUGGUCAUUGUUUGAAUUGUACUCUCUCUACUUCCUGACGGAAUACAACUCACUCUUGUGAAAUAUUAACAAUAAUUUACAAAAAAGGUAGUCAAUGUGAUGGGGUACAUAGAAAGGUUUAUCUGAUUCAGGAGUUCUAAGACGAGGAGAUGGAGGACUUUUCAUUAGCUCUGUUGACAAGAACAAAGGUUACUCUGCUUAUACUGCCUAUAACUGUGCUGUUAAAGGAGUGUUGAUCUUGUUCUCAUGUAAAUAUAACCAAUAAUGCUUAUCUCUGAAGUAGUUUAAUAGUCCAGAUUGAUUCAAUUUUCUUGUUCACUCACCACCUCAACUUCUCACACUUGGUGUAUGACACACAUAUAUUUAAAAAUAGCCUAUAUAGGAACCUUUUUACUUUUUUCAUGGAUUUUUACAAUCAGAUGUCCACUAUCAGAGCAGCACUAACAAGCUGUUACACAACUGUCCAUUUCCUGGUUCUUGGUACAGACUUAUAAGGGCUGUUCAGCCUAUCAACAGAGGGAACGACAAAAAUACACCCAAGUGCUGGUGGUGGUGUCACUGUCAUUGCUGUGCCAUAUGGCUAGCUGUCAGGAGCGCAGCCAAACUCACUGCAGUAGGGAGGCGUGGAGUGGAGUAAGUCAGUGUGAGAAUGGCUCUGAGUGGGAAUGUGUGCAGCACUCGUCCUGGAUUUGAAGACUUGAGUGGCUGGUAACAGAACAGAGGCAGCAAGCCGUGAGGUCGGAAGAUGGGUGAACUUGACGAUCAGGCCGGACAGCUCUUUGAGUCCUUCAUCCAGGCAUCCACGUGCAAAGGCACCCUCCAGGCCUUCACUAUAUUAUGUCGGCAGUUGAAUCUAGACCCAUCUGACUACAGUGCCUUCUACCGCAACCUCAAGAGUGCUGUCACCUCAUGGAAGGCCAUACCCCUGUGGAACAAGCUGGACAAAAGAGCCAGCCACAAAGAGUACAAGAAAGGCACUGCCUGCACAGACACCAGGUGUCUGAUCAUUGGCGGUGGCCCCUGUGGCCUUCGCACAGCCAUUGAGUUGGCCCUCCUGGGAGCCAAAGUGGUUCUGAUCGAGAAGAGAGACACUUUCUCCAGGAACAAUGUGCUGCACCUCUGGCCCUACACCAUAUAUGACCUCAAGGACCUCGGCGCUAAGAAGUUCUACGGCAAGUUCUGUGCUGGAACCAUAGACCACAUCAGUAUUCGCCAGCUACAGCUCAUGCUAAUGAAGAUUGCCCUCAUCGUGGGUGUGGAGGUGCACGUCAACAUUGAGUUUGUCAAGCUCCUGGAACCACCAGACGAUCAGGGCAGUGAUGGGCCUGGCUGGAGGGCAGAGAUUCGACCAGCCGAUCACCCAUUGGCCAGCUUUGACUUUGACGUGGUGGUGGGGGCAGAUGGCCGCAGGAACACGCUUGAUGGCUUUCGGAGGAAAGAGUUCCGUGGGAAGCUGGCCAUUGCCAUCACGGCCAACUUCGUCAACCGCAAAACCACGGCCGAGGCUUCGGUGGAGGAGAUCAGUGGCGUGGCCUUCAUCUUUAAUCAGAAGUUUUUCCUGGACCUCAGGGAAGACACCGGUAUUGAUCUGGAGAACAUUGUCUACUACAAGGACGACACUCAUUACUUUGUGAUGACUGCAAAGAAACAGAGCCUGCUGGAAAAGGGAGUCAUAAUGCACGACUACAUUGAAACAGAAAAGCUCCUGAGCAAUGACAACGUCAACCAGGAGGCUCUGCUCUCCUACGCCCGCGAGGCUGCGGACUUUGGCACCAACUACCAGCUCCCCUCUCUGGACUACGCCAUCAACAGCUUUGGCAAGCCUGACGUGGCCAUGUUUGAUUUCACCUGUAUGUACGCAUCAGAGAAUGCGGCGCUCAUCCGCGAGAAGGCCGGACAUCAACUUCUUGUUGCUCUUGUUGGGGACAGUCUGCUAGAGCCCUUCUGGCCCAUGGGAACUGGCUGUGCUCGAGGCUUCCUGGCUGCCUUUGACAUGGCCUGGAUGGUGCGAGGCUGGGCGCAGGGGAAAACCCCUCUGGAGAUCCUGGCAGAGAGGGAAAGCCUCUACAGGCUGCUCCCACAAACAACACCAGAGAACAUUUCAAAGAAUUUUGAACAGUACACAUUAGACCCUUCAACACGCUACCCUAACCUCAACUCCAGCUGUGUGCGGCCGCAUCAGGUUAAGCAUCUGUACAUUAAUGGGGAGCAGGACUCAAGCUUGCUGGAACGUGGUGCACCUGUCCGCAGAUCCGUGAAACGCAGAGAAUCGGAGAUCAGGCCCAGUCGGCUGCUGUCGUGGUGCCAAAAACAGACUCAAGGCUACCGGGCUGUGGCGGUCACCGACCUCAGCUCCUCCUGGAAGAGUGGCCUGGCCCUGUGUGCCCUCAUUCACCACUUCAGACCGGAGCUCAUGGACUUCGACUCCCUGAACGAGGCCGAUUCGGAGACCAACAACCAGCUGGCGUUCGACGUGGCCGAGCGGGAGCUGGGCAUCCAGCCUGUAACCACAGGCAAGGAGAUGGCCGCCGAGCAGGAGCCCGACAAGCUCAUCAUGGUGCUCUACCUCUCAAAGUUCUACGAGAAGUUCUACAGUGCCUCCAUGCUGGCCUUUGGUGCUUCCAGAGAAAAGGAUGAAAAGAAUGAGGACUAUUCAUCAAAACAUAACAACCUAAUUAACCUCACUCAGGCACGAAAGAGGAUUCCAAAGGAUAAGAAGCUUGAAGACAACGACUCCCAGAAUGUAAAACGGAGACGGCCAUGCAGCUAUUUGGAUGAGCCGUCAGUCGGUCAGGCUGACCCCUCUGGUGAGGGUGCGAUUCGCUCCAUGGCGCAUCUACUGGCCAAGUUUGAGGAGAACACCUCCAGUGUGGUUCCACGCAAACUGGGUACCGCCCGGAAGGAGUUCCCGAUGGGCGUGGGCGGGAGCGACGUGUGCCACUCCUGCAAGAAGCGCGUGUACGUGAUGGAGCGCCUCAGUGCCGAGGGCUUCUUCUUCCACCGCGAGUGUUUCCGCUGCGAAGCCUGCCUGUGCACGCUCCGCCUGGGAGGUCAUGCCUUCAACGCCGGCCACGGCAAGUUCUACUGCAAGUUGCACUACUCUCAGUAUUUAGCCGACACCAAGAACCGCGAACGAGUGGAGGAGGAGAACCAGAUGUCUUCAGUGGACGGCGGUGCACUGUACUCGGCAGCAGUCAGCCUACAGGGCCAGCCUUCAGGAGUCCCACACGAGUAUACAGUUCCUGACGGCCAGACCAGAGGGCCACAGAGGGGCUGGCUCGACCCCACGAUGGUGGUUGAGUUACCAGAGGACCCUCUGCUAGAAGUGGACCAGCCUGGCUCCAGCAUGGAGCUUCAGACGUCUGAGCCCUUUUCACUUCAGCCAUCUGAUUCUGGAUCUACGAGCUGUAGCGCGCCGUCAGAAGAGGGUAAAGGGCAACGUCCUGCUUCUAAAGGAGCCAACAAGAGCAACUACUGGAGAAGAAAAAUUAGGGCCACACUGCCUCUGAUCCUGGUGAGGACGUUUGCCCGCGGAAGAGCUAAUGACAAGCAAGAGGGACCUGCAGAAGAUGGGGGGUCUGACUUUGAAGAGAUUCAAGAGCCUGAAAAGCAGGCCUCCUCAUCUACAUCUGAAAAACCUGCUGGCUCCCGGUCUGCGGAGGAAACGUGCCUGGCGCACACUGAAGAGCCCACUCUCACCGACAACAGCCAGGGCCUUCCAGAGAGACCUGACCCCAUCCUCACCUCCUCCACCGCCGCCUCCUCCUCCACCGCCGCCUCCUCCUUAGCAUCCUCUUCCCAGCUGCAGGCUCUCAGCCAAGGGAGCCAUGAAGAUGGGCAGCAGCAGCAGGAGCAGCAGCCCAACUCUUCGCUCAGUCCCAAGAAGAAGCUCGUCCUCUCGUUGACCGAGAAGGAGAAGCUGCUCAACUGGGACGUGGACCCUUCAGAAGACACCUCAACGCCUUCGGAACUCAGGAGGGGUUCGCGUGGACCCCCGCCGCCACCGCCGACCGAUGGAAAGCCAUCUGAGUCUGCGCCUGAGACGGCACCGGCGGUGGGGGUGCCAGAAUCGACACCUGCGCAGCCCCAGAGCGGCGCGCCGCCUCAGUCCGCCUUCCAGAUGUGGGCCAGCUCCCUCAGGAGGAGCAUUGCAGGAGGCUCCAGCAACAAGGAGGCUUCCAGCGCUAACGUGGUCAGAAGAAACCGCAUGCCCAAAGCCAGGCCCCUGUCUGAGGGGUCCUUACGCUUUGGCGCUGCGUUCGGGCCCACGUCCCAGAACCAGCGGGCCCCUCCUGGAGGAGCGGGAGAGCAGGAGAAGUUCUUGACCUCGGCCUCCACGGCCACGCAGAACGGGCACGCUGAUCGCAGGAGGGGGAGCGAGCUGACCAUGCUACUGCAGCAGGUGGCCCUGAGCUCCAAGCCCACCGCCGCCGCCGCCACCAAAGAUGACAUGGCCUUCCUGCCACGCCGCAAGCUCAACUUCUUCUCCUCACUCAGGGUGAGGAAGAGAGAGGAGGUGGAGAAGGAAAGAGGACGAGGAGGACGAGAGGAUAACCAGGAUAAGGACAUCUGGACCAUCCUCUCCAAAUUCAGGACCAAAGCUUCUAGCCAUCCGGAGGAGGAGGAGGACGAGGAGGAGGAGGCGGAGGAAGCCAGCUCCUCUGAUGAAGGAGAGGAUCAGCUGCUUGACAAACCAAGGCGCAAGAGGAACUUGACUGAGAGGCAAAGGAGAAAGCAGAGGAGGAUCGUCCAAGAGCAGGCCAGACGAGAGCAACUCAAAAGACUCCACAGAGCACAGACAAUCCAGAGGCAGUUGGAGGAGGCGGAGGAGAAACAGCGAGCUCUAGAGGAGAAGGGGGUGGCUCUGGAGAAGGUCCUGAAGGGGGAGACAGAUGAUGCGGAGUUGUCAGAUGAGCCUGAGCUCCUGCAGACCUGGUUUAAACUGGUCCUGGAGAAGAACAAGCUGCAGCGUUACGAGUCUGAGCUCAUGGUCUUUGCUCAAGAAUUGGAGCUAGAGGACACGCAGAGUCAGCUUCAGCAGGACCUGCGGAGCAGGAUGGCCAUUGAUGACUCCAUGAAGAGUCCUACGGACCUGAACGAGGAGCAGAGGGUCCUGGUGCAGAUCAUGCAGGUGGUGGAGAAGAGGGACCAGCUAGUGGAGCUUCUUGAGGAGCAGCGGCUGAAGGAGAGGGCUGAGGACCACGACCUGGAGAGCAUGGUGCUGUCCAAAGGAUAUCAGCUCCACUGGACCUAAGGGCAGAAGUGCAGACACGGGUUCCUUUGUGGACUGAUCUAUGGCUGGAGGAAUAGACUCGGAGAGUGAUUUAACCAUUCUGCAUUUUAGCAUAUUAAUUAUGUUUUAUCUUUUUAAGAAUGUUCUAGUCUUCCUAUGGUUCCAUUACGGUGGUGCCUACUGAAAUUGUAAUUUUUGGCUGUGUGGGUCAAAGCUUAUUGAUUUGUGUUGUUAGUUUGUUCAUGUGUUUAGCUGUUUUCUUUUUAUUUAUGUUUUAAAAUACGGUCUUCCUGAGGUGUCGGUAAAUGAAUACAAACACUUGCCUUGCAUGACCAUUGGGGUCAUAUUGAGGUGGCGCUUUUCCUGUUAUGUGUGCAAUAUUAUCCAUUUAUAUGGAUUCACUCACAAUGACGUAGAAUAAAUAGAUUGUGUUCUUCCAAGCACCAAUUCUGCUUAUUGGUAAAUGUUUAAAACCACCUUUUCACCGUGUGUGUUUCUUUUCAGAAAGAGAUCUGUUCACCACUUGGGGAGUUGUGUUCUUGUUAUGUAUUUUACUUUAAGAUCUCUCUUGAAUGUCCUAUUUGAAAGUAUUUGUAUUGUUCUCUCAAUUAACAUUUAGAGAUCAGAACAUUGUCAGACACUUAUAUCUAAAUGCAGGUCUUGCACAAGAGUUUCUGUAAGGAAAUGCUGUUUUACUACUGCAUGUUGCUGAUGUUUUCAACACCAAUACCAAAUCUACCAUCUUGUUAUUGUCAUUGAAAAAAUGUAGGCUAGCUUUAUUUAUUUCCCCAUGUCUGAAACACUGCCAAAUGUUAUGUAUUCCGUGUUUUUAAUUGGGGCGGCUUGAUUUAUUAAUUAAUUUAAUUCAGAGAUUGUGUUUGUCUACACUUCUGUAAUGUAUUUAAUAAAAACCUGUUAUAGAUAA